UUUAAAUCUCGUAUACAGAAAAGUGAACAGCACAAUAAAGUGAGUUUUUUAAAGUUUUUGUUCGGAACCAACAAAAAUUUUUGAGUGAAAAUGCGUCCCCCAUCGCAAUUCGGUGAUGACAUCGGUAAUCAUCCAGAUCCAGCUGAAGCUGAUCCGAGGAUGGGUGCAAUGAUGAUUUAUACAAGAUUGGCAGGAAGAGCCAUUAUCAGGGUUGUUGGAAGGUGUAACGAGGCUCAGGAGAACAAUAAAUUGGAUCUCUCAGAAUGCGAAUUAAUGCAAGUUCCGGACGCAGUUUACCAUCUAAUGCGACACACCGAAUUAAAAUCUUGCGAUUUAAGUGGAAAUGUAAUAACGAAAAUCCCGCCAAAGUUCGCCGUUAAAUUUAGCUUAAUUUCCGCAUUAAAUUUAUCUCACAAUCAAAUGUCGAAACUUCCUGAUGAAAUCGCCGAUUUGGGAUCAUUACAAAGACUCGACAUUUCUCAUAACACCUUCAUCUCUCUACCAUCGGCAAUCUUUAAAGCACCAAAAUUGGAAUUGUUAAAUGCAAGUGAUAAUCACAUUGCGGAUGUGGACGUUGAAGAAAUCAAAGAGGCACCGUCAUUGAUUGCGUUGGAUUUGAGGAAUAAUCCGUUGACGGUUCGGUGUCAUGAUCAAAUCGCUCAAAUUACUGAAAUUCAGGUUGAUUUGACGCCGCGACAAAGAGAAGAUUGGGAAGAUCUUAAUAUUUAAAUUAAUUUAAAAUUAAAGAAAAUGUAAGAAAAUUCACUGCCAAAAGUGUUAAAACACAAAAGGUAGCUGUCUUUAAUGUAAAUUUUUUUCUAGUUUUUUAAUAAGAAAAAAUUAAUAUUUGUAUUUUUAUAAAUAAAAUAGGCCUAUUAAUUAAUGGUCUCGAUUUAAGUAUUAAGUUAUUUACGUACUUAACUAAAAAACGCAGUGUCUUGUAUACCUACUAUGUUUUAGACUUUUUACUCAGGGACAGUUUUUUCAGUUUAGUGCAGAUUUCUUUGUGAUUAAUGAUUAAACCUGAUUUGGUGCUAAAAUGUUUUUUUUAUAACCAGAAUUUGUAAAAAAAUAAAUUAAUUGUUGUGAUAUUUAUAUUUGGAAGAAAAGCUGGUCCCCUUUUCGCUAUUUUACUACUUAACUAAAUAGACUUGUGUGUUUAAUUAAUUUGUACUAUAUUAUUUUGUCUAUUAAGCAUUUGAUAAUUACUUAUAUUAUUAUUUUGAUUGUCCUGGCUUGGUCAUCUAGUCAUUUUGUGAUUUCGCCGAUGAUUUAAAAGAGUCCUCUAUGCAUUUCUGAUGAUGUAAAAUAAAAUAAUUAUAAAUAAAACAAGUAUUUGAAAAUCAA